AUGAUUUGGAUGGACUCUGCCAUUCCUGUAGAGUAUCUUCUGUUUCCAGAAGGUGUCAAAGUCAUGUAUAAAAUUGACUUCGACAUCCAAACCGUCCCCGAACAGCCCACUGGGGGCCUGAAAGCAAGGUGCGCCAACUUCCGGAGAGGAGCUGAGGGAAUUGACGCUAAGAGGCUGGACACUGAGGAAAUGGCUGCCAGAAACUACUCGGUUUUAGUCACAGAGGCUCAUAUUGUUGAAAUUCCAGUGGGGGCGGUUGGAGGCUAUUUCAAGAGCCAUAUUCAGGAUGACCAGUACUUUGUCACUUACACCAUUGAGUCCAUGCUUGAGUUUCUGUGGAUCGAGGAGGUCGCACACGAGGACACCAGCUACAAAGUCCUCUUCCCUAUCACAACACCUCCGAUGGCCAGGCCUCCACAAGUUUGCAACUAUGAGUCUGACACACCCUUAGACACAGUUCCUGAGCAGGCAGUGUUUGUGCUUGAGUUGUGGACCUUCAACCUUGAUUGGGAGCUGCUGAACAUCCACUUUGAGUCUACAACCCACACAAGUGGCUCAGAGGGCGACGCAGACUUCACCAUCACGUUGCCCUUCUCGUCGCCGGACGCAGUGUUUGAGUCGGUUCACUCGUCCUCUGUCAGGAGCAGACUGGAUGUGGCUCUGUUGCAUCCUUACAACAAAUACUUUUCCAUGGCUUGCAGCUUCAUCAAAACGCCGACUGAGUGUUUCUCUAACGGAACGAUGACUGCGGUGAAGGUAGAGUCUGCUCCCGGUCUGAACCCUGGUCAGCUGACCCUGAGCGACCCUGCCUGUGGUCCCACCUACAGCGACAAUCGUUUCGCCUACUUCCACUUCACUGUGAACUCCUGUGGCACCACCAGGAAGAUGAACUUGAGGUUAAAGGUUUCCUGCUACUACGUGGCCAACAUCACUCGCACAUUGGCCUUCCUGACCAGGCCGCGUAACAAGCCUUUUGCCGAGACUGGGGUGGGUCGACAAAUGGUCAGAAUGAGACUCGCUCAGAACACCUCGUAUAACACGUUCCACCAGGAGGAGGACUAUCCAGUGGUGAGGUACCUGAGACAACCUCUGCACUUUGAGGUGGAGCUGACCACAUCCUCUGACCCCAAGGUAGCGCUGGUGCUUGACCACUGCUGGGCCACCCUCAACGAGGACCGCGACUCCUGA